AGAAGAAGGCGCAUUAUAAUCCCCGAGAAUAAUAAUUCCUACUAACCGAUCAAUUGAUAAACUGAAGACAAGGAUGUUUUGACACACACGUGUUCGGAUUAUGACACACUUCCGUGGUCAGAUCCGUGGACCACACUGGGGUCCCACCAUGGAUAACUUGCUGAUAGAUUUCUGGCGCAAACACGAGUGUCUGUUUAAUUCGUCGCUGGAGUCUUACUACGACAAGGAGCUCAAGACCAAGCUGUGGUCCGAGUUCGCCUUGUCCAUUGGGAAGCCUGCAUCUGAUGUGGAAAGAAGGUCAAGAUCCCUUCGGACUCAGUAUGGCAGAGUGUUGUGGCAUCCAGAGAGGAUCAACACUUUCCAGCAAAGGAUGCUGAAAGAGAAACUGGAUUUCUUGAGGCCUUAUAUAGUUCGAAGGAGAGCUCUGGAUGACAGAUAUGAUGAUAAAGAAGAGGACGAGGAAGAAGUGGAGACAGAAGGCAGUGUUGACCAGGAGAUGGGGGGCAUGUUUGGCAGCCCGCUGGAUGCUGACGUGUUGGGGCCAGAUGCCACUUACGAGACUCCAUCUGUUGCCUCCACUCCAAACCCUGCUCCUCUCCACUCCCCACCAUCACAGCCUCAAGUCACAGAGGUCAUGUCUUUGAACUGUGACAGUCAGAAUGAUGAGGGUCCCCCCGAUCUACCUGAUCGAACAGCCUCAGUACCAAACGUAGCAAAACACAACAUACUAAACCAGUUUGCAGAGGUUAUGUUGGCAGAUAUGCGGCAAAUCAAAGAUCCUAUGGUGCUCAUGAGACUCCGCCGCGACAUCACUGAGCUGGUUUUCAAAGCAGUGGAGGAGGACAUGCAGAGACGAUAUGGUCGACCCUUGUCCAUCCCCACACCUGGGGACGGAGCACAGUUGCACAGCUGGGCCAGGCCUCACUUAGCGGCGUGUUCGCAGAUGGACUUUUCCCGGAGACGGAGAUACUUGAAGAGAAGGAACAAAGGGUGUCAGAUAGGAAGGAGGAUGCAGAGGUGGGAGGAGAUGCAGCACCUGAGGAGACUGACCAGGAGUCAUGGGAUGCAGUCCAUCCAACAAGCGGACGAGCUGGAGAGGAUGAGUGAAAGUAGUUCACAGGUCAUGAUUCCAGCAUCUGAGAUCAAAGCAGAGACAGAGCCACAAAUGGUUAAGAUUGAGGAGGAGCCUGUGCCAGUGGUUUGAAGCGCCAGAUAUAGCGUUCCCAUCUUGGAAUUUGAUUAUUUCCUAAAUCUUGAACUUUUGUGGGAAAUUACACACAUCUAGAAUGUUUUUGGAAUGUAAUGGAAAUGUCCUCAUAAGUCCUUUUGAACUAGUCCUAGUAUCCAUCCCUGUUUCAGGUACUUGUAGAUGUAGUUACCAUUUUGACAGAAUAAUAAACCAAACAAAGGUUUCUU